GAACAGUAUCAAUCCAAACUGGCUGCCUCACAAUGUGGGGCCAGGAUUCCCCUGAGCCCCAACACUCAGGCGACAAUCGAAAAGCAUUUGCCAGGGCUGCCAAGCAAGCGAUUGCUUAUGCAGCAGGCCUCUAAAAUUACGGAAAAGCGAGACGUUGGAUGCAUAACGGAACUAUGCAGCACCGACGACUUACCCGAGGUGGAGAUUUUCUCCCUGCUCGAGGAGCAAAUCCCACGAUACAAGAUCCGGGCGGAUACGACUACCACGUUCGGUGGGUACGAGAAUCAAGAUUGGUUCGUGCAGUAUCCAGCGUUGCCGAUACCGACGGAAGGGCUCGGUUUGACGACGGAGCAGACACGAGAGGCGCUCAACUAUUUCCUCCUAUGCGGUAACCGAGUGAGCCAAAUGACCCGCGCGUACGAUGAUAUAGAUGCCGUAACGCGCCUGCUGGAAGAGAAGGAAAAGGACCUCGAGCUGACGGUACAGAUUGGCAAGGAGCUACUAGCGCAGAAUACGCAGCUCGAGAACCGUGUUGCCGAGCUGGAGCAGGAGUUAAAAACGACGAACGAAAACAGGGCGCAGCUCUCGCACGAGCUGCAUCAAAAGAUCGAGCUGAUCGGGAUACUGACGAACGAUGCCGACGAUACCAGUGAGAAUGUCACACCGACGGCAUCUAAGUCGAUCAACUUGGAGCUGCUGCAGCGGAAGGUUAAGCAGUUGGAAGACGAAAACAAGUCGCUGCGCACCGAAACGGCCCAGCUGGUGAAGGAAACGGACGAGUGCGAGGAACAGGAGCGCAGGCUGAUGGCGGACAUCGCGAACCAGCUUACUACGGCCAAUAGCGAGUUUGAUGGUUUAAAUUUGGAACUCGAACGACUGAAGGAGGAAAACCGGUUGCAGCAUGAACAGAUCAUCAGUCUUACAGGCCGUCUGGCCGAGGCCGAGAUACGACUGCACCAGUUGACAUCCGAGAACGAGGAAGCAUCAUCGCUGUUAAGCAUUACCAAAGAAAACCAAAAUCUGCUUGCCGGUGAACUGGCUGAAUUUAAGCUACGCUACCAGGAGGUGCUAAAUCUGCUACAGGAAACGCAGGAACAGCUACGCCGUCAACGGAAACGUGCACAACCGCUCGCCCGCAGUUCACUCAUUCCCGGCAUUACGGGAAUGCCUGCAGCACCCGAUUCGCUUCAGUCGGAGAUGAUGGAAACUUCACUAUACUCGGAGCACAGCCUCGAUUCCGGCAUUGAUUCGGUGCGUGGAGGACUCGGCGGUGGUGCUAGUUCUAUGAUGGGAGGCUUAAUGUCUGCUACCGGCACACAGCAAGUUCCCGCCUAUCGGAAGGUGUUCGAAACCGUACGCUCCGCUAGUCGUGCGAAUCCAAACGGAUUUAGUGAUAGUUUCUCGCAGCUCGGUUCCAUGACGAUGAGUUCCUCCUCGCAGCCACGGAUGGCGCCGUACGUGUACCCGGGGCUGGGUGGCACAACAGGCAGCAAUAUUGGUGGUGGUAACGCCGGCAUUACAACGAUGACCCAUUCCUACAAGAGCGGUUCUUCCGUAUACAGCACCAUGUACGGAGGUGGCAGCUCACUCGGUGGACGAACUUAUUCGCGCGAAAGUCUUACGGCCGAUUCCGACGAUGGUUAUCCUGGCCCGGCACAAACCGGAAUCCCGGGUGCUCCGGGUGCGAAGGAUCUGGAGGCGGCACUGAAGCGUCUAACGCCGGCCGAGGUGCUCGCUAGGCGCGCCAUGUUACAGCACGCACCACUCGGCACGUACAGCUACGACGAGCAGCCAACGGGUAUACCGCUCGGAUGCCGAACACCGGACAGUAUUAUGUCGACCGGUUCAUCGGGACUUUCGGGGCUUUCCUCGUCGGCAACAGGUAGCGGCAAUGGGCAGUGGCGUCUUCCAGAGAAACUGCAGAUUGUGAAACCGAUCGAGGGCUCACAAACGCUUCACCACUGGUCACGAUUGGCAACGCCAACGUUGAGCGGUCUGCUGGAGGAGCGUCCGGGUGUGACGAUACGGGGUGGCCGUGGAUUAGAUGAACUCGGUCUACAGACGUACUCGCUGUCCGAUGUCGAAGAGGACGAAGAUACGGAAGAUCAUCCUGGCAAACGAUUCCAAUCGUUCGGUUGCACUUACACCUACACCAACAGCACGGUACUGCAUCCGGACGAUGGUACGACGGCCGUUGCGUUCAGUUUGCCACCCUCGCAAAUGUCCUCCCAGAUGGCAUCCGAGUGUCCAACGCGUCAACCUACUGCUCCAUCAACGCCACGCUCGAGCCUAUCACGGCGCAAUUCUUGCUCGACGUUCAGCGUUAACAUGGGACUGGCGUCGAUGUUGAACGAACGGGGCAUUAAAGCCGUUACACCCAGUGCACUUAACACACCCGCCGGGCCCAACUUUUCACCUACGGUGACUCCCUGCAAUAGCCCUGAUGGAUCACCGACUCGUUCCAUGUCACCAGAACCCCCACUUCUAUCCGGUCUGCUAGCAUCGACGGCUGACAUCCUCCGCAAGCGGUUCGUCGCCUCGACAACCAACACCACCCCAGCCGCCCACGGUUCCGCCUCUGAUCUAGCCGAUCGUCCGUCGCGAAUAAUAUCCCGCAACAAAGUCGCACUGUCGCGGCUUGAAAAGAAGGCCCUUCGCUCCAUUAAGAUCAUGGAGAAGGUGGAAAGUAUCGGACUGGAGAACAUAAUGCUUCCACCCCAGCAUCCACCGGGCAUCAGUCCGCUAGCGCUUCACGGUACAUCGGCCCUCUAUACGGCGGCAGCGACCGGUCGUGGUCGCAGCCCGAUGGCACAGCUAACCAGCCUGAAGCAUCUACAGGACCAACGACGCAAGCAACAGCAGCACCAUCACCAGCAGCAGGACGAUCUAGUUACGAUCGAUAAGGAAACCAUUAAAGCCGUACUGACGAAGGGACUAUCGCACGACAGCCUGAAGUCGAUGGCUUCGUCGUCGGGAGCAAGCAGUGGCAUCAGUACGGCCGCGUCCUCCGAUUCGGACAGUUCAUCCGUCGCUAGCUACGAAUCGGAACCACGGACGAAGGAAACGGCGGCCAGCAGCAGCUCCGCUACAGCCUCACCAACGACAGCGGCACGGCUGAAACAAAUGCAACGGCAAAAAUCGCGCCGCAAUCUGCUAAACGGUGCCAACGGAGGCUCCCAGCGGCCGGAUCUUGGCACGGUGAACGGUUCCAGCCGUCCCGGUGUUCGACCCGAUCUAGGCACGGUUGCCGGUAACAAACCAGUAGCAGCAGCAACAAAGACUUCGAGCAGCGGAAAUGGCAAGGACAGUCAGAGAAAGAACCAGCAAUUACCAUCGACAACCAAGGAGGUCAAGGAGGAAAGUCGUUCACUUGGUCAGAGCGUGUAUGGUACGAUCAGUUCGCUGCUGUUCGGUCGCAAGGGUGGUUUACUGUAAGAGAAU